CUGUGUGUAAAAGAAGAGUGCUUUUCAUCCGAGUGGCUGCAUGGUCUACCGGAUGUUGUAGCGACCCCUGGCGCUGAAGUGUUGCGUUUUCCUGUUUACGGGCGGGAAUAGCGAACAUAGGUGGUUGUGGAACAUACUGCAUUUAAAUCUGCAGCACAUUUGUUUUAAUUAUCGCGGAUUCUGUUGGUUUGCACGUUUUAAUAAUACACGGGUAUUACGGCGCCUAGUGGGUACGUUUUAAGUGGACUGUUGCUGAAAACUAAAGGGAUUUCUGGACAGUGCGGGGCAGAUGGAGGAUCCUCUUGCAGAUUCUGGCGGUGGGGACUGUGGUGCAGCAGCGGAGGGCCCCGUGGGGCAGUUGUCAGAUAUCCGCUGGCCGACUGGGUCUGUUCCUCUGCGGCUUCUAGAGUGGAAAGUCAAACCCGGUUCUCUUGUCAACGUGGACGCCGUGCUAGCACUGUGCUCUCCCAUACUUGAGGAGAAGGGGGUAGAUGUUGCCAGGCUGCCAGAGAGAAAGGUGAAAUCGGACCGUGCUGGAGUAGUGAAGGAGCUUUGCUGUCAACUUGGACAAGUCAUACCUCCCGGGGGUGUCAUCGUCAGAAUAGAGGAAUGCAGCCAUCCAAUAGUAAUGAAGGGUCUAUGUGCUGAAUGUGGCCAGGACCUGACUCAGCUGCAGAGCACUAAUGGAAACCAGCAAACUCCCAUCUCCACAGCAACAGUCUCCAUGGUGCACAGUGUCCCCGAGCUGAUGGUCAGCUCUGAGCAAGCAGAACAGCUGGGCAGAGAAGACCAGCAGAGACUCCACCGGAACAAAAAGCUAGUCCUGAUGGUGGAUCUGGACCAGACUCUCAUCCACACUACUGAACAGCACUGCCAGCGUAUGUCCAAUAAGGGCAUUUUCCACUUCCAGCUUGGACGAGGAGAGCCUAUGCUCCACACACGACUACGCCCUCAUUGCAAAGAAUUCCUAGAGAAAAUUGCCAAACUCUAUGAGCUACAUGUGUUCACAUUUGGGAGUCGCCUUUAUGCACACACCAUUGCUGGUGCCGAGAACCUUUUCCCUUGUGGGGAUUCAAUGGUGUGCAUAAUCGAUGACCGAGAGGAUGUGUGGAAAUUUGCACCUAACCUCAUCACUGUGAAGAAAUAUAUCUACUUCCAGGGCACAGGGGACAUCAAUGCGCCACCUGGAUCACGUGAAGCUCAGAUGGCCAGGAAAGCAGGAGCUCCCUCUGUAGAGAGCGCAGAAUCAGCAGGGACACUUUGUGCAGAAGAGCAAAAUAAUGGCCUAAGGAAAAGGGCGAAGGACCACAAUGUUUCCAGAAAAGAUGAGUCCACAAAAUCUCAGUCUUCUCAGGGAGUACCAGCAAAUGAACUAACUCAUCCUACAGAGCUUGAAGAUGAACAAGAACAAAGUAAGGGGUCAGAGACUGGGGUGGAAUCUGGGGUGGGGUUCAGAGAGACUCAGGAGGAUGACAAAAUAAAUGUAAAGGAAGCUGAUAGCAGCAGGACACAAGAGGUACAGGAAGGUGCAAACUCCUCUGCACCAAGCCACGAGUCCAAUAACCUAGACUUUGACCUUUCCAGCGACAGUGACAAUGACUCCAUUACAGAAAAGCCUCCCUCGUCAGAGAGUGAGAGUGAAGGCAAGUCAAGCCAGACAAAGAAAUCUGGGCAGGAAGGAGUCACACGAGAGCCCAGUGAUGGGGAUGGGGCAAGGGAAGAGGACAGUAAAGGUCAGAGUGAAAGAGAGAACAGCUCUGAUGUAGCUGAACCUUCAGGGGUUCUUCUCCCAGACCCCGAGCUGGGAAACGGCUGCUCAGACAGGAGAGAGCCAGAAACGGAGUCCCAGAAUAGUGAACAAUCUGGGGUUACCAUGGGGGAGGAGCUGCUAGACCAGAGUAUGGAGGAUGAGGAGGAGGAAGCCGAUAACGAUCAGGAUGAUCAUUUGAUCUAUUUGGAGGAGGUUCUGGAAAGAAUCCAUGCGGAGUACUAUGCCCACUAUGAGGCCUACCUGAUAAAGGAGGCCUCUGAAAUGCCGGACAUUCGCAAAAUUGUCCCAGAGCUGAAAAGCAAAACACUGGAGGACACAACAAUAGUGUUCAGUGGUCUGUACCCAACCAACUACCCCAUGGAGAGGACCAGGGAGUACUACCAUGCCAAGACACUGGGGGCCAAGAUGGGCAAAAAUCUGGUUCUUAACUCCCAAGAUCCCAGUCGGACAACGCAUCUCAUCGCGGCAAGAGCUGGGACCGAGAAGGUUUGUCAGGCACAGGACUGCAAGCACCUCCAUGUUGUCAACCCUGACUGGCUGUGGAGCUGUCUGGAGCGCUGGGAGAGGGUGGAUGAGCAGUUGUACCCACUGAAGGACGACUACUCUAAGAUGCCACGGAGCAACAGUCCAGCAGCUUUCCCUGACAAUCUGGACUCCCCGCAGAAGUCAGUUUUCCAGCCAGCUCCCAUCCAACACAGACCUCCACCUCUAGCCCAUGAGGUUCAGACCUACGACCCCAUCACAGGGAAGUUGAUCCGCAGGGGCCCUCAGAUGUCACGGCCACCAUCCUACCUCCAACCAUCAGGGUCUCUGUUGCUUUCUGAUCAGAGAGAGCAGUCUUGUCUCAGGGGAAGUUCCAAAAGUCAGCAAGAUGACGCAGCAGUGUGCAGCCAAGACAACGAGCAGCCCGGGCCGUCUCGUCGGGAAAGACAGCCAAGCAUGUCGGAAACUAUGCCACUAUACACACUUUGCAAGGAAGAUCUGGAGAGCAUGGACAAAGAGGUGGAUGACAUCUUAGGAGAGGAGAGUGACAAUGAGAGUGAGGGGCGAGGGAAGGAGAAGCCAGGCAAUGACGAGGUGGAGGAUGAAGAAGAGGAGCAGCGGAAGCAGCAGGCAGGAGCUGGAAUGGUAUCAGGAGGAGAACUCAGUCCUCAGGGAGUCAGUGUGAAGGAGAGGCUUCAGACACCAUCCAGCAAGGCCAGUCUGCCAGGUGAUGUGCUAAGGGGCCACAAACGUAAGCAUAAUGAAGCCGAGGAGGAGGAUGAUGAUGUGGAGAACAAGCAGGGGACAGAAGAAUCUGCUGACGAGUCCUCCAAAGACUCCAAUGAGGAAGAGGAAGGCAGCAGCUCAGAGGCAGAUGAGAUGGCUGCCGCCUUGGAGGCAGAGCUUCAUGACUUUAUGUGACAUGGAACCUGAUGGAGCUCGAUCCCAGGGAAAGGACGAGAAAGAACCCUACAAGUGGGGUGGCAACACUAAUCUUAGACAGAUAUCUUAAAACCCUGCCUAAACUGUCUGCAUGGCUAAAUACCAAUAGAGGUAAGUGAGAAAAUCUGUUUUUGGUCUUUUGGGUGAACAGACUCUUUAAACCUGCAAAAUGCAGCUGGAGCAUAAAAAAAUCUCUCAAAUUUACCCAAGUUGCACUUUUUCCCCUUCAGCUGACCUUUAACGUGUUUCCCUCAAAAAGUGAUGAAGCCAAAUUUAAAGCGAGCACAGUACUCACCAGUAUCUCAUCUCUUUGGUGUUUUUUGGGUUUAACCAUCACAGAGCAGCCAAUACAGUAUGAACGCACUUUACUGGCAUCAGACAUUACAGGAGUUGUGCGUAUUGGAGAUGAACAGCUUCCAUCUCUUGUCUUGUCAAACAACAUCAUGCAGAGUUGCCUAGUGUGAUUAAUGGAGUGUUUACUGUCUGUUGUAAGGAUGGUUGCAUUCACUGUUAAUGUUUGUCAUCUAUCUGGAGUCAAACCCACAGCACUAAGUCUGUUCUUUUUUUCUCAUUCAGAAGAGUUCUAAACAGGGGAGUUCCUACAGUACUGCACCCAACAAAUAUGAAUAAUUUCCGCUUGCAGCGAGUCAUCCCGUUUAGUUUUGUGUUCAUGGUGUUUUAUCAUCAGUUUGUCUUAAAAACCUGCAUGUAAAGAUACUUUUGUUAAAUAAAG